UGUGCUUUCCUUAACCUUAUUUACAUUACAAAGGAAUAAUGCCGCAAAUAAUAAAAUACAACAAACGAAAACGUUUAUUUAUCCUUGCGUGUGUUGGAAAUAUAUUUAUAUUUGAACUCUAUUUAUAUUUAAAGCGACUAAAAAAAUUCAGUGGUCGGCGUUGGUGGGUGCACCCUUUAAUUCUGGAGCGUGGGCAACUGGGAGCGUAUGAGACUGUUUUUUUGAGAUACAAACAUACAGAUCAUGAAAAGUUUUUUCGAUUUACGCGACUCACAGUUGAACAAUUUGAAGAACUUUUAACAAUCAUCACAGAUGAUAUUCAAAAACAUAGUUAUAGAGAGUUUUUAACUCCAGAAUUUCGUUUAGCCAUCACACUUAGUUACUUAGCAUCUGGCAAUAGCAUUGUUAGUUUAUCAAACUAUUGGAAGAUAGGCAAGUCUACUGCAUAUGAGGUGAUUCGAGAGACAUGUGAAGCUAUAUGGAAGUGUUUGAAGAGUACUCAUUUAGCACCACCUUCCACGAUAGAAUGGAAACGCAUAGCAGAUGGAUACUGGUCAAGAUGGAAUUUACCAAACUGUUGUGGAGCUUUAGAUGGGAAGCAUAUCAGAUUACAAUGUCCACCAAAAUGUGGCUUCCAAUUCUUCAAUUAUAAACAAUAUUUUAGCUUUGUAUUGAUGGCACUCUGUGACAGCAAAUAUUGCUUUACAUGGAUGGAAGUAGGAAAUUAUGGAUCUCUUCCAGACAGCAGUAUUUUCAGUUCCUCUGCAUUUGGUAUAGCCAUGGAGGAAGGGUCUCUUAAUUUCCCAGAUCCAGAACGGUUGCCUGGUAGUAAUGUGUUUGUUCCCUACUUUCUUGUUGGCGAUGAAGCAUUCCCAUUACGCACCAACUUAAUGAGACCAUAUCCA